UUCUGUUCUUCUCUUCAGAUUAACAGAAGUAUGCAUCAAGGAAACCAAACAACUAUCUCUGAAUUCAUCCUCCUGGGACUCUCCAACCAGGCUGAGAAGCAGAAACUCAUCUUUGUGCUUUUCUUGAGUAUGUACCUUGUCACUGUAGUUGGGAAUGGAUUGAUCAUCCUGGCCAUUGGCUUAGAUACACAUCUUCACACACCUAUGUAUCUCUUCCUUGCCAACCUAUCCUUUGCUGAUAUUUCUUCCUCUUCCACCUCAGUCCCAAAAAUGCUCACAAAUAUUCAGACCAAGAGUCAGUCCAUCUCCUAUGAAGGCUGCAUCACACAGAUGUACUUUUCUAUUGUGUUUGUUGUCAUUGACAAUUUUAUCUUGGGAGUCAUGGCUUAUGAUCGGUUUGUGGCUAUCUGCCACCCUUUGAACUAUAAAAUUAUUAUGCAUCCCAGGUUUUCUAUUUUGCUCACUGUCAUCCCCUGGAUUCUGAGCAAUAUUGUUGCACUGACACAUACUCUUCUGGCCAAUAAGUUGGUCUUCUGUAACCACAACACUAUCCAACACUUCUUCUGUGACUUGGCCCCUCUGCUCAAGCUGUCCUGCUCAGAUACAAUGAUGAAUGAACUUACAAAAUUUAUUGUGGGUUUAUCAGUCAUCACCUUCCCCUUUGCCCUUAUCCUCUUCUCCUACAUAUGCAUUAUCAGGGAUGUACUGAGAAUCUCAUCCACAGAGGGAAAGUGGAAAGCCUUCUCUACCUGUGGUUCUCACUUGACAGUUGUUUUGCUCUUCUAUGGGACCAUUGUAGGGGUUUACUUUUUCCCUUCUUCCACUCACCCUGAAGACACAGACAAGAUUGGUGCAGUACUCUUCACUGUGGUGACACCCAUGAUGAACCCUUUCAUCUACAGCCUGAGGAAUAAGGACAUGAAAGGUGCCCUGAGAAAGUUUAUCAAUAAAAGUGCCUCCCUUUGA